AUGGCAAAAACUAAUAAUGCAUUAGAAUCUAGUCAUUACCAUUUUGCGAAGAAGCUGAACUACCACCCCUCCAUGAGUGAUUUCCUUCUUGCCUUCAUGGAGGAUGUCGACAAACAAGUGGAUAUUGCUCGUUCUUCAACAAUAUUUACACAUCAGCGCAAACAAAAAUAUGUCAUUAAAGAAGCUCAAGUAAUGGGAACACUUAAUGAGGCAGAAUAUGAUGAUGAUGAACAGCUUUUAAGCGUCCUAACUCUGCUUGGUUUACAGAUGAGUGGAUAUGUUGAUGGUUAACGCACUACAGCUCGUCCAGAAGAACGUGAUUCGGAAGAUGUAGUUGAUCAUGAAAACGAAUUUACUGGUCAAGAUACUAGUUCACUUUCAUUGAUUAUUUAAUAAGCUUUCUAUUUUUUAACUUGGUGAUUUUUAUAUUAUUAUUCGGUGAUUGUAUUGAUUUAUUUUCUUUUAUCGAUUCGGUGUUUUUUCAAUAAAAUUUUAUUUUUUCAUUAUAUUUUUUUUUCUUAUCAUGUCAAAACCACUCUAGAACCGUUUUCUUAUUAGAUUUUUGUCUUUUUGGGUUUUUAGAUUUUUGACUCUUUUGUGGUUUUUUUUUUGCCUUUUGACUCUUUUGUGGGUUUUUAGCCUUUUGACUCUUUUGUGGGUUUUUAGACUUUUGACUCUUUUGUGGGUUGACUCUUUUGUGGUUUGACUCUUUAUCGGGUUUUUAGCCUUUUGACUCUUUUGUGGGUUGACUCUUUUGUGGUUUGACUCUUUUGUGAGGGAGCCAUUUCAAUAAUUUGCACAUUUUGCAAAUUAUUUCAAUAUUUCACCAUUUUUUUCUCUAUUUUCUCUUUUUUUCAUUAUCUUUUCAAUUUUUUCUCUAAUUUUCUAUUUUUAUUUAUCUUUUCGAUUUUUUUUUCUCUAAUUCUAUUUUUUCCAUAUUUUUUCGUUAAUUUUCUCUUUUUUAAAUCGCUGCCUAGGUCCGAUGU